UUCCUAGUCAGAGGCUCGAAGGGUCGCACUCCAACUCCUUCCGAACAUCCUUCCAGACCGUCCUUCGGAGCGCUACAGCAGAAAAAGGUCGCACUAGCCGCGGAAGCCCCUCUAAACCACCAUACGGCGAAGAUCAGGGCGAACGACUAUAAAUGCAUGCUUACCGGCUAUCCCGAUUACCACUUUUUGGACCCGUCGGUUACGCCCCAGUUCGAGUCGGACACACAUCUCUCUCAUAUCAUCCCACGGUCCCUCAACCAAGGUAUCUCUUCAACUAGAACAAAAGCUCGUAGUUCAGCUUACUCAGCCACAGUUUGGACCAUACUGGAACGCUACGCCAAUAUCAGCUUUACAGAACUGAAUGGGCCUGGUCUGCAUCGUCUGGAGAAUGUUUUAACCCUCGACUCCAGGUUACACAACAAGUUCGAUGAGCUAAACUUGUGGUUAGAGGCUGUACCCGACAGCGAACAUGCCUACUCUGUCAGAUGCUACCCGGUGGGAGACCCGCGUAUCCAGAAUCCGGUGCGGUUUACAACGCCAGACACGCAGGAAUACCCUUUUCCGGAUCCUCGCUACCUCAAGCUUCAUGCAGCUUGUGCUCGGGUUUACCACCUGUCAGGAGCCGCGGAGUACAUCGAGAGCUUCCAGAGAGAGAUAGAAGAUACCAUGGUCCUUGCAGACAACGGGUCUUCUGCAGAGAUGCUGGCUUUCGCUUUGCAGCCAUACGAGGACGUUACAGUUCACUGA